AGAUGUUUCCAUUUUUUUUUUUGGCUAGAAUGAAUAUGUGAAUAUAUGAAUGUUGAUAUUUUAGCGGAAUAAUCUGUGGAUAUCGUUUACGGUUUUUCCUCUUUAUGUAAUUAUAUGUUCCAUAUUAUGUUAGUUUCUUUUUUAAAAAAGUAUUUAAAUGUUAUACUAAAUAUUCUCAGUAUUUUAUUUGGUAACCGCGAAGUUUGGAGAUGAAUAUAAUGUUUUUGUAAUAUUUACCGAUUUUUUUGUGAUUGUGUGUGUAUCACGACGAUUUUAAAAUGUUAUUUUUCUAUAAUUAUAUGACUUUGGUUGAGUCUAUCCGUAUAUAUCUCUACCAUAUACCACCGUGAUUAGCGACUAGACAUACUCGAUUUUUUGUUCCCAGUGUAAGGAUCUUUAUUAGAUAAUGACUACAACUUCGUUAUGAUAUUCUUGCUUUAUGUAACGAUUUAGCCCUUUCUGAUCCUUCUCAUUACUUAAUUUUUCCAGGUGAUGAGGUACAGGAUGUUUGACGAUGUUUCAAUCUUGAAUUCUUCUAAGACUGAUUGGCUUAUCCGGGUGCGGGUUCUGAAUGUCUGGCACCAUGAAGAGCGUGGACUUGGCACAAGUCUAGAAGUAAUCCUGUCCGAUAGUAAGGUUUGUGAAUUAAUGUUUUUUUCCUUAUAUUAUGAUUGUUGGAUUUCUGUUCUAAUCAUCCUUUUUAUGUUUUUCUCUUUUUGUUGGUUUUUUUUGGAAGGGUACAAAGGUGCAGGCUUCGUUUAGAGGAUGUGCUUACCAUCGUUAUGCUUCUAAGAUUACUUCUGGUGAUUGGUUUGAUUUUAAAGAUUUUAAGGUUGUUGAGCAGUAUGGUUCGUGCAGGGCCACUAAUCAUCGAUACAAAAUAAUUGUUCUGUACUCAACUGAAAUCGAUAUAGCGUCUGUUAUGCGCGAUGAUUGUUUCUUUGAUUUCGUUGAUUUUAAAAAAGAUAACGGAUGGCGUUCAUUCUGAUGAUUACUUGGUUGAUGUUAUCGGGCAAGUCAUUCAUGUUAGUGAAUUUCUAACUUUGGAUCGUUUGGAUGGUUAUAAAAAGGACAACGGUUCCGAGGAUGGUGACUCUCUACCAAAAUUUUUUUAUCUUAAAAGAUUGAUUAAGACGUACCUAAAGCCUCCUGGAGAUAUCGUCAAAACUGUGAGUACCGGGUCGUUGGAUGGUUACAACAGUGAUGAUGUCGAAGAGCUGACCGGUGACGGCGAUAGUGACGAAGCGUCGUGUACCGAAGACAAAGGUCGUGUAGAAGAUGGUCCUGAAUAUCAGAUUGAGAACGAUGAACAAGAUACUGACACUGACGAGGUCAACGAUCGCAUUGCGAGUACUGACGAUGAUGCUUCUGAGGUAAGCGAGGACGAGUACGAUUUUGUAGAUGACUAUGACGAAUGCGAUGACAGUGAUUGUGCGGCUGAGUCCGAUGAUGAUUUCUAUGAAGUGGAAGAGGACGAUUAUGAAGACGGCGUCGAAGAUGAUGAGGAGGAUGUUGACUCAGAAUAUAGCGUUGUGUCUGAGUCGGAGGAAGAGAACCUCGAUGGUUGUGAUGGUAAGACGAUCGAAGAACGUAAAGCUGUCAAAUUGGAUGAUUAUUCCGUGCAUCAUAAAAUCUCUUUUGAUCUUUGUGACUCCAGGUACAUAUUUUUUGUCUUAUAA